AUGUCAUUUUGUUGGAUUGCAUUGCUCCAUCUCAUGGCUGAUGUGAUGGGUCAUGGAGGCGACGGUGGUGACGAGCCACCACAUCCGUUCGAUGGAGGUUUUGGUGAUCACCAAAAUGAUGUGGUGCCUCCGAAACGAAGAGGCAUGGCGGUAAAUAAAAAAAUGCACAAACUCUAUAAAGCUAACGGUGAACGGUCUCUUAAGAUAGUAUUCGACGUAAAUACUAACAUGCCGAUUGGGGAGGUGUACGAAUGUUUCAUUCGGGAGGUUGGGAGCUAUAUGUGGCAGGACAUCAGUUUUGAUAAAGACACAUGGACAAAGGCUUAUGAAGCCGAAAGGGUUGGAAUGUUGCAGUAUCUUUCGAGAUGGUUUGAUUUUGACGCGAUUACAAAUCAUCCCAUGGCUUCAACUUAUUGGGCGCCAUUGAACAAUCGGAUAUGUGUGCAGUAUAGAGACCGCAAAAUAUUGAAAACAAUCGUUUUGAUGAUUUUGCAGGGAAUGUGGAGGCAGCAAGGGCUCAAGCCCUUAUGGAAUGCCUUAGUUGCUGAGUUUGCUCUACAAACUCAUCACAUAGCCAACUCUGGUGGUGAUCCAGACACCAUUGAUUGGAUCGCAAUAUUUGAGAAUGUGUUGGGUACUCGAAGGGGGCAUGUGAGAGGCAUUGGGCCUAAAGCUUCUUUAGUUGCGGGUAUGGUGACAACUAAUGUAUACAGAUUUGGCUGCAUGCAACAUAAUCCAAUGUUAUUAGAUGAAGAGGUGAAAAGAAAAGUAAUUUGUUUGAUUAAAAGACAAGAUUUUCAACUUGCUCUGCGGAACAAAGCUUGGGAUUUUUCAGUUUUCCUUCUAAUCGAUACCCAUGAAACCCUAAAGGAAAAUGAGGGGGCUUCUGAAGCUCCAAACUGGCCACGGUAUAAUGGAUUGUUGUCUCAACCUCAACUUUGUUGUCUCAACCUCAACUCUAUUGACAACAUAUCCAUAACCCCUUCUAAUGCUGGGCCUUAUGCUGCCACCACGCCUUAUGCAGCUUCCAACAAGGCUCGUAGUGAGGUCUUAUUUGGAUUUGGAAAUAACAAAAAGUCAUUUAAAUUCAAGAAUGAAGAAUCAGAGGAGGAAUUGCCUGUAGAUGAGAACAGCUCUAGUACCCCAGACUCUACACGAAGCUAUGGUGAUACACAACUUGAGAUAUUUCACCAUAAACAUGGAUUGCUAAUCUUGCAUCUUCUUUCACUCCUCGUGUUUCUUCCAUCACUUGUCUUGGUUCGAGGUAUAAUUCAGUAUCGACUAAAUUACAAAUUUGGGGCCAAAAAUUACAACUUUAGUCCAAAUUUUCAGAUCCAGUCUCAAUGUUGUCCUUAG